AUGACAGAACACGCGGCUGGAGUAGUAUUAAGCAGCCUAACUUCUCUCCAUCCAGUUCUAGCCAGAGCUGCAGACUCCUCGCCCAUGGCCGACCUCCCCGGAUUCCAAAUCAUUCCUCCUCGUCCAGCCGUGGAGAGACUCGAGUUCAACUUCCCCAACCUGUACCUGCACCGCGGCUUCUCUGGCGAGACUCAGAACCAGCUCGGACUAGGAGAUAAAGAGGAUCAUAUUGUCGGCGCGCUGGCCGUCAACAACUGGCCGGUGUACGACCGACCUGGGCCUGGGGAUGACGCUACCGUUGUUGCCCGUGUGCAAGGCCUGCACGUCAAGUCCGGUGACUGGCACGGUUCGUUCACCAUGGUGUUCCACUCCGGAAGCUUCAAGGGAUCCACGCUUCAGGUCAUGGGAAUACCGGUCGAUAGUGGUAACUGGGCCAUUGUUGGCGGGACCGGAGAUCUUGCGAUGGCAACCGGUGUCAUCACAAAACAAGCUCGUAAGCUAGGGAAAACCAACAGUAUUUUAAAACUUACUAUCCGAGGAUUCUGCCCCAUCCAUUAAAGGGUCAAAGCCGAAGAGCACCUAGUCAUUCAAGGCUAGAGAUGGAUUGGCGGGGCACCAAGCUUCCAGAAAGCAUCAAAAUUUUCCAACUCGUUACAGAAGUGGCAUGGUGAAUAUAUGGCCGUGCAGGCUGAGUAUGCAUACAUGAUAUGCUGUUGUUCCUACCGACAACCCUAGCAAAUUCCUUAGAAGAGGUUUUCGAGCCUCGUGCUGUCUUCUAAAAUCAUUUCAGAGGUUUAUAUAAGAGCCUUGUAUUAUUUCAGAUUCCCUAAAAUAAUCCCCGCCAAAGAAAUUCCCCUAAAAUAAUUGCAUCUAUAUUUUCUUUCCCUUGUA